CAAUGUUUUAUUGCUCACUAUAUUUCAGCCACAAGAUCAAAUAGAAGUCGGGGAGGACGGCUUUAAACAAUGGGAUGUGUUGGACUCCUUGGAUAUGGAGGCCCUGGUGAGCACGGUGCGUGCCUGGAUUGAGAACCCAGUGAAGUUUGCCCGUUGCCACGGGGUGCCUGUCACACCUGGCUCUAGAGAGCCAGCCUCCAAAGACACCCAUGUAUUGGUCAUUGAAGGCUUCCUGCUUUAUAACUACAAGCCACUGAUAGACCUGUUUGACCUGCGCUACUACCUGGCUGUUCCAUAUGAGGAGUGCAAGAGGAGGAGGAGCACACGGCAGUACACGGUGCCCGACCCGCCGGGUCUCUUCGAUGGACACGUCUGGCCCAUGUACCUCAAGCACAGGAAGGAGAUGGAGGACGGCGGCGUGGAUGUUGUUUAUUUAGAUGGACUGAAGUCUAGAGAUGAACUUUACAAUCAAGUCUUUGAAGAUAUUCACAACAAGCUUUUAAAUUGCUCGUAG